AGAGUGCCACGGACAGGAUGGGUGUACAGGAACGUGGCGAAGCCGGAGAGUGUAUCUGAUCAUAUGUACAGGAUGGCGAUGAUGGCUUUGGUGACCGAAGACAAGAGCCUUAACAAGGACAGAUGCAUACGAUUAGCUUUAGUUCACGAUAUGGCUGAAUGCAUUGUUGGAGAUAUUGCUCCCACAGAUAAUAUCUCAAAAGAGGAGAAACACAGGAGAGAAGAGGCAGCUAUGCAACAACUGACCCAGCUUCUAUCAGAGGACCUCAGAAAAGAAGUCUAUGAACUCUGGGAA